CCUGCCAAAUGAAAGUCAUAAAGUGAUAAAGCCUAUCUACCGACUUGUCUACCAUUACAAUCCUACAUAAACAAUCUGACACUAGACUAGACUCUAGAUUUAGAUCUAGAUUCUUAUCUAGAUUCUAGCUAUAGAUAUAGAGUCUAGAUGUCUAGAGAGUUUUAGAAUGAGGUAUAGACUAUUGUUUCAUGGCUGAAGUCUCAGAAAUUUAACAUCUAUAAUUCAUAUAGCUUUGAUGCCGUACUGAUAUGUCUGGGAUUGCUCACAUUAGGAUGGAUGAAGAGGACUUGGAAGCGGCCGCCACUUACCGCAACCUUGGUAAUGGUCAUGGACAAGAGUCGGCCCUUCAGCUCUUUGUUAAUGCAAAAAAGAAAAUAAACGAUAUAUUUCGUAAUAUUGGUCAAUAUGUUUGUGAAGCAGAUAAAUUUGUCAGAGAUGUGUCCAGCUCUGUUGACAUCACAACUUUGGUAUCUGAAGAGAACAUCAAGACAGUGAAAGGGUUCAGAGAAAAAAUUGAUGGUAUUGCUGAAGUGUUGUCUAGAGACCAUAUGAAAGUUGUCUUUUUUGGAAGAACAUCUAAUGGGAAAAGCACUGUAAUCAAUGCUAUGUUGAGAGACAAAAUUUUACCAAGUGGCAUCGGGCACACUACCCAUUGCUUUAUCCAAGUCGAAGGGACUGAUAGUAAAGAAGCCUCUUUAAGGACAGAAGAAUCAGAUGAACCCAAAAGUAUUAAAGAUAUAAAACAGUUAGCUAGUGCUCUUAGCACUGUGAAGUUGUCGCAGAACUCUCUGAUUCGCAUCCUUUGGCCUAAAGACAAAUGCAGGCUAUUGAGAGAGGAUGUUGUUUUAGUGGACAGCCCUGGUAUAGAUGUCACGCCAGAUCUAGACACCUGGAUUGACAAGUUUUGUCUGGAUGCUGAUGUCUUUGUGCUGGUUGCGAACGCAGAGUCAACACUAAUGCAGACGGAAAAAAAUUUUUUUCACAAAGUGAGCUCCAGAUUAUCUCAGCCCAAUAUCUUCAUCCUUCAAAACAGAUGGGAUGUGUCGGAGAUGGAGGAAGACAUUGAAGCGGUCAAACAGCAGCAUAUAGAAAGAAACACAGAGUUUUUAGCAGAUGAGUUAAAUGUGACUGACAAAAGAUCCGCUAAAGACAGGGUCUUUUUUGUAUCUGCUCGAGAAGCUUUAGCCUCAAGGUUGAACUGUGACAAAGGGAUAGCUACACCUGAGCGCAUUCUUCUACCUGGUUUUCAAGCACGACUAUUUGAAUUUGCUAAUUUUGAAAAAGAAUUUGAGGUAUGUAUCUCUCAGUCGGCAGUGAAGACCAAAUUUGAGCAGCACACAAAGAGAGCACAUUUAAUUAAUAGUGAAAUACGCUCUGUCAUGGAGGAGGCCUACACUAAGAGUCUAACCUUACAAGAUGAACAGUUGCAACUACGUAAAGACAAGUCUGAGCGUCUAAAUAGACUAGAUAAACAACUUGAUAGUUUGACCAGCGAAGUCAAAACCAAAAUUCGAAAUGUUGUGGAUGAAGUGGAACGAAAGGUUUCCUCAGCUUUAAAUGAUGAAAUCAGGCGUUUAUCGUUACUUGUUGAAGAGUUUGAAAGACCAUUUCAUCCAGACCCUAUGCUUUUGAAUAUUUACAAAAAGGAACUCCAUAAUCACAUUGAGCAAACACUAGGGAGAAAUCUCCAGGCCCGAUGCUCAACAUUGGUCAUACAAGCCGUAGAUGCCACACAAAUGAAUAUGACAGAACGUCUUGGGGAGAUACUGCCAGCGGAAAACAAACAGCAGUUGCUGAAUUUAAUACCCAAGAGGGACUUUGAAAUUGCUUACCGGUUAGAUUGCCGCAACUUGUGUGCAGGUUUCCGUGAGGAUAUUGAGUUUAGAUUUUCUUUGAGCCCGACUGCUUUGAUGCAGAGGUUUCUAGGCAUCAAAGGUCACCUACAGGAUCUCAGUGCUGCACCGAAUGUUGUCCGUGGCACAGUUGGUGGAGACAAUAACCAGCCUAUACCACUACGAGGGGACAGUGACCUGUUAAUCUCUCUCCUGGCCACAUUCGCCUCCCUGACCUCAAGGUCAACAUUGGGAGCAGCAGUUGUUGUUGGUCUGGUAGCCAAGACAGCUGGAUGGAAGGUAAUAGUAGUUACUGGUGCCCUCUAUGGAGGUGUUUAUCUUUAUGAGCGCCUCACAUGGACCUCAAAGGCCAGAGAAAGAGCUUUCAAACAACAGUAUGUAGACUAUGCCAGCAGCAAGCUUCGACUCAUCAUAGACUUGACCAGUUCUAAUUGUAGUCACCAAGUUCAGCAGGAGCUAACUUCAUCAUUCGCCCGUCUGUGUCACCAUGCAGAUGUAACCAAAUCUAACCUUGAGUCUGAGAUCAAAGAGGUUGAUAAAAGUUUAUCAGUGAUAAAAGAAAUAUCAGCCAGAGCCAAGACAUUGAGAAACAAAGCUGAUUUCUUUGAUCAAGAACUGAAAGGUUUUGUACUGCAGUUUCUCAGUCACUCAGGACUUUGACAGAAUCUCCUGAGAAAUUGAAAUAUUGAGCAGAAUUUUCCCCACUAUUGUUAUUCCUGAUACCAGUGGUGAUGUAUUCAUUGCAGUCAUUGAUAGUGUGCUACUCUUUGUGUGUAUGCAUGAUAUAUGUGUGGUGUAUGCAAACACUGAUAAGCUGUAGAAUUAUCAUUAAAGGAGCUGUUUAGUUUUUAGGCAAUAUGAAUGUCUGUUGUCAGUGUUGAUACCGAAAGGAAACUGAGACUUGUAUAAGUACCACAUAAAAGAAAUAAUCUUUCAUUUUGUCCUUAUUGAAAAGUUGUACAAUCUUCAGUACUCAAAAAAAAAUUCUGAACGUGUUUCGCUGAGAGUGAUAAUUUAGUUCACAGGAUUUCAAGCUUUGAUUUAUUGUUGAUUUAAUUUAUUCUUGGCAUCCUUACCCUUGUAGAAAACAUUGGCAGAUAACUCCCACCAGUACAUGGUCUUUGUCUUUUGUGUUUAUUGGCCUUACUUUCUUAUUUUUUAAUUCUAAGAGCAAUAUACACAGAGGCAUAAAUAGUUUUGUAUUUGAUCGGGAUUCAUUUAAUAUUGCAUACGUUAUGUAUUACUACAAAGCUUUUAAAAUAAGUUGCUCAGGUGUGAAAGUUAUUAAAAAAAAAACUCAUUUUCUGAACUAAAAUUAUUCAAGGUUACUCGUUUUAACUUUGACAGUGCUCUGAGAUUUCAUAACAUUGCUGCACAGAAAUCACCUCAUUAAAAGCAUAACUAAAUUCUUAAAAAGGAAAACAUUAGCUGGAAAUUAUCGUGAUGAUAAAUUAAGUACCAGAUAAUGAAAAAUCAUGGCUUGAACGCCUUAUCAAUAAUAAUAAUAAUAAUAGUAAUCUUUAUUAUCCAUAAGGAAAUUUGUUUUACAAUGUGUGCAUUACACCAAACAAAGCUGUAUCUUUUAAGAAAUGUAAUAUUAUAAGUAUAAUGGUGUGUGUCUGUAUAUUGUGUUAUCUUUAUCUAUCAAGCUCUUGAUAUAAUUGUAUACAAAUAAUUAUUUGUUCCUUCAAAAAAAAAUGAACCAUUUUUUUGUUUGUAUGUACAUAGUAGGAAACGUCACGCAAAAAAUAAAUUCUGUUUUUGCACUGCAUCAGUUUUGUGGUUUUCAAACUAAAUGCACAUGGCCAGGUUGUAGCUGAGUUAGAAAGUGAACAUAUUUUUAUUUGCAGCAAUAGUAAUUUAUUAUGUGCAAGAGUAAAACUUUGUUUCGCUAUUUAUUGAUCCAUGAUUUUGUUUCACUCUAUACUUUAAAAUGAAUUUUAACAAGUUGUAGCUUGAAUGUGGUAACUUCUGAUACCAGUAUAGUUUAGAAUCCAGUGAACGGAGAGAAAGAGAGAGCAGCACAAUACAUACAGUCGAAAUAUUGAAAUCUAAAACUUUUAAAAAGAUAAUAAAUAAUAUAUAAAUAUAUGUAUAUCUUUAAUAUAAGUAUAUUUUUUUUACUUCUAGUUAGAAUUAGAGUAAUCUGUGGAGAUUUUGUGACGUAACUUUGCUCCAUCCAAGCUCUAGAAAUCUUUUGGUUGUAACAGACAUAAUAUCUUUAUUUGUUUUAUUUUUUAUAAGCUUUGUAUUUCUAUAAUGCAUAGAUUCCUAGCUAGUGUCUUUCACUGUUAAAAGUUAAUUAGUAAAUUUUGUUUAUUUUAGAUAAAAAUCUAGUUUAUUUUGGUUUCUAUGAGAUGACAUCCGUUAUUUAAUACAGUUCAUUAUUUUUAAACACUGCCAAAGAUAAAGAUGAAAAAUAAUUGUUCCCUAUAAAUUAUUAAGGAAACAAAACAAACUUUAUUUGCUUGCCUUAAAUAAACUUCUUGGCCUUUGUUUCUUUGUUAUCUAGUAAUCAACGUUAGGUUUUUAUUUUAUAAAGAUUCUUUACAUUAUUUUUAGAUACUUUUAGUUCAUUGGCAUUAACUUUAUUAUUUUUAUUUUUUUUGGCAUUUUUUAACAUUUAUUGUUGCCUAAGCUUCCUAUAUAAAUAGCCAGGCAGGAAACUAAUAAGUCAUAUGAUGCAUUAAGCUGUAGUGAGCUAGGAGCAUAGAGCUAUUUAGAGAUACCAUUAGAACUGGCAAAAGUCCAUGAUUGAGGGGGAAAAAAAAGAAAAUUUAAAAUCAAGGGAGACAAUUUAAAAUAUGUAAAAAAAAAAAAAAAAAAAAAAAAAAGCUACCUGUACUUAUCUGAUUAUGUGGAAUUCAGUAAGUUGUGGAUGAAGAGUUUAUACCAGUCCUUUGAAAUUGUGUGUAUUUAUACAUGAAAUAUAAGUAUUUAGGUAUGGAUCAUAUUUUUGUCUACAAUUCAAUGUUCUUAUAUUUCAAGAAUACAUUUCUUAUACAAUGGA